CCACGAAGUUUUCCGGCGACCCAAGGUCAGUUCAUGGCCCAGCCUCCCACCUCGCAGCAAGCUUCACAGGCUAGCGUGGCGGAAGGAGGAGGUCAAGUGCAAGGAGGGCAAGGCAAUGGUGGUCGAGGACAAGGAGGUCGAGGGGGUGGCGGCCGAGGAAGGAACGGCGGGGGAUGCGGUGAUGGAUGGAAUCGCCAAGGGGACCAGGGCCAAGGCAAUCAAGGCAGUCAAGAAGGGGGCCAAGGAUAUGGAAGGCCCCACUUUGAUUGGCGGAACGCCAUCUGCCGGCAUUGUGGCGUUGUGGGCCACACCAUACGAUUUUGCCAGCAGCGGCGGAACGAUGAGCUCGCUGGUCUAACCUUCACAAACAUGGAUGGGGAUAUAUAUGAUAAAUUUGAGCAGUAUAUUUACCCGAAGGUUCCAGGUGGAGUUAGACAGGAAGCCCAAAGGCGAGCAGCGGCAGGGUCGGCGCGUCCGGCAAUGUUCAGACUAUGGCAGGAAAGGGAGGACCCGCUCGUGAGGGUAGGAGAGGUUAUGGGGGAGACUGAGGAGGUAACCCAACGAUUAAAGGCUGGGACUUUAAAGGAAGAGCCAAUAAUCGUUGAGUCAGAUGACAAGGACUCAAGGGAGGUGGAAAAGUCGUCCCUAACAAUCCUGGAGAAAAUGGAGGACCUGCUGGGGAAGGUGGGAAGAUACCAACAGAGGCUAAAGGAGUUGUGUGAUGAGGCCCAGGAAUGGAAGGCCGACCUCCCCAGACUCUUCGUCUACGAAUCCAGGUCGGGAUCAGCGUCAGGGCAGCAAGGCUAUCCCGGUGUCACGACGAUAGGGUCAGGCCCUAGGUCGGGGAUGACGUUCAGACCACCUACCCCGCAUGGGCGGGGACCACAGGUGGCGCAAACCAGGAGCCAAAGUAAGGCUGGCCCUAGUCGGGCGCCGAGUCAGGCACCUCCUCGAAGGAGACUUGAGUCCGAGCGUAGGAAAGAAGUGGUGGAGGUCCCGGAAGAGGAAGAAGAAGAGGAUGACGAUACAGAGGACGAGAGGCUCCGACAGGAGGAGGAUCGACAGACGGAAUUAAGGGCCCAAAGGAGAGGGAUCCGGGAGGAAACCGAGCCGAGCCAGCAGGACAGCGUACCUAAGAAAAGGAAGUAUGCAGUCAGGCUAGAAGAAGGCUUUGAUGUGGAGAGAACGGUGGAUAGGCUCCUCGAAGGUCAUAACGACCUCAUGAACCUAAAGGAUAUUCAAGCGUCCGUCCCGAGACUCCGAGAUGGUUUAAAGGAACGAUUAUCUCGGAGGUUAGCGCCCAACGUCCAUCUAAACCAUGGCAUAUUGCAUGAAGGUAAUUGCAAGGCAGUUUUCCGCGGCACGACAUCCAAUGUGAUUAUAGAAAUUGGUAAGGUACGGGCGAGGACUUGCUUCUUUGUCAUGCCGGAUGUCGACCACCCUAUCCUCCUAGGAAGAUCAUUCAUGUGCAAGAUGGAGACUUUGAUAUUCUAUAAGCACGAUGAGACAAUGAUACUGCUCAUGAGUGAUCAGGCUUGUUGGAACUAUGAAGUUAUCACCUGCCGGAACACGGGGCCAGAAAGCGAGCGGAAUAGGCCUAAUCCCGGCUCGUUCACCUUUGUAGAAUCAGAGAAUGAGCGGCAGAGGCUUUGGGAAGAACCCGAGGAGGAAGGAAGAGAGGAGGUGUUGUCGCUGAGCCUCAUGGAUGCAAACAAGGCUAUGGAGAUAGUGGCGGCACAUGAGAUGGCGGAUCCGGAGGCAAUCAAAGCACUACGGGAACAAGUCUUGGAGCGCCUGCAGGUGGGGGAAGUGGAGUUGAUCUAUCGGCUUCCCGGGGGAAGUGGAGUUGAUCUAUCGGCUUCCCGGGGGAAGAGGAGUCCCUGCGAUGGCGAAGACACAAACAACAAGCCGACAUUUUUUAGGGGACGGUUUAAGCAGGGCGCUCAAAGACGGUACAAGACGGUAGAUACAAAGUGCCAACCUGUUCCCGUGCUCGUUACAGAAGACGAGGAGACAUACUACGAGGGGGAACGAGGUUUGAUACGGCAUGUGAGAAGCUUUCUUAGCACCUGUGAAUUUUGGAGGAGCUUUGUAAAGAACUUUGCCGUCAAGACCGAACGUUUAAGGAAACUGGUGUAUCAGGAUCAAAAAUGGGUUUGCGGUGAAGAUCAGGAAGAGGCAGUGACCCGAAUGAAGGGGGAAUUCAAGGAAGGAGGGAUAGUAUUGGGGGCGACUAACUAUGAAGUGACUGAGGAGAAGCCUUUCGUCAUUGAGACGGACGUAGGGCCGACUGCCUUGGGAGGAGUCCUAAUUCAGGCGGAUGCUGAAGGGAAGGAGAGACCGCUAAGAUUUGAAAGUCGGAAUCUUAAUGCGACUGAGAGGAACUACUUUCAGUUUAAAAAGGAGACGCUUGCGGUACUCCAUUGUUUAAGGAUCUUCUGGAAUUAUGUUUUCAGCAGGAGGUUCAUAUUGAGGGUGGAUCCCACGGCGCUUGCCUGUUCCCUGAAGAACUAUACUCCAUCUGACCCAACCGUCGCACGAUGGUUGACGUACAUUUGGAUGUUUAACUUUGAAUUAGAGAGAAUUUCAGGGGACAAGAACAAGGUCGAUGGCUUGAGUCGCGUUAACUGGGAGAAAUUGGAUCAGGAGUAGACUAAAGAUACUACACCAGUUGAUGGGUUUUUGGACCAGGAAGAGGAUGUCCGGCUCCAUAUAAACAAAUGGUCCUUGCGAGU